AUGCCCUCCGUGCCCGUGUUCCCCGUGCUGCUCGCCGGCGCCGUUGCUGCGCUCUACGUGCUGGCGCCCGGCUACUUCACCUCGGCGCGCGUCGCCAGCACGGGCUACCCGCUCGACGCGCCGGGCCACGACUCGUGGGCCGCGCUGCGCCAUGCGCCCUACCCACCAUACCCCUUCGCCGGGCAUGCGCUGCUCGAGCGGCUCGUCCCCGUCGCCUUCUACGAGGCGUCGCUGCGCCCGCUGCCGCCGCUGCUCUUCAGCGCCGUCUACUACAUCGUCGCACACGCCGCGAAUCACACGCUGGGCAGCGCGCCCAAGGAUGCCACGCGCGGCACAGGGCCGACGGCGCAGCUGCUGCGCGCCGCCGUCGUGGCGCACAACCUGGCACUGGCGCUGUACAGCGCAUUCACGUUCGCCGCCAUGCUGCCGCCCGUCGUCGACCUCUUCGUGCAGGGCUGGCGCGGCAGCGGCGUCGAGGGCAUGAAGGUGGCGCUCUGCUCCAUCCCCACCAACGACCCGUACCUCGGCCGCUGGGCGUACCUCUUCAUGCUGUCCAAGUACUACGAGGUGGUCGACUCGCUCAUCCUGCAUCUCAAGGGCAAGCGCAUCGGCCACCUGCAGAGCUACCACCACGCCGGCGCGCUCAUCUGCAUGUGGGUGGCGUACCGCUACCAGUCGCAGCCAGUGUGGGUCUUCGUCACGUUCAACUCGGGCGUGCACACGGCCAUGUAUCUCUACUACGUCUGCGCCGCGCUGCACCUGCCCUUCCCGCGCGCCCUCAAGCGCAACCUCACCACGCUGCAGAUCCUGCAGAUCGCCAGCGGCACGCUCCUGACGAACCUCUACCUGCUCAUCUCCAUCACGCCCGCUCACGUGCUCUCGACGCUCGCGACGGUGCACACGUCGCUGCCGCGCCUCUUUGCCUCGCACACCGACACGCUCUUCUUUGGCGGCGGCCCGCCGCGCAAGGCCAUGGCGCUCGCCACGUACGCCGCCGACCGCGCGACGAGCAGCGUGCCGGCGUCGUGCCUGCAGACCAAGGGCGCCGAGGUCGCGCUGCACGUCAACACCGCCUACAUGCUGCCGCUGCUGGCGCUGUUCGCCCACUUCUUCAUUUCGUCCUACCUGCGCCCGAGCAAGACGGCUUCUGCGCACUCGCGCGCCAAGGGCGCCGUCGACGCACCGCCUGCGCCUGCGCCCUCUGCCGCAGCAAAGGCGACAGAGAGCACCGCCGAGCCGCGGCCAGCGGUGCCGGCGUACGUGGCGCCGCCGUCAGGACGCCCCGGCGAGCGGAGCCUCAAGGCCGUGCCGGCGAGCAAUCGCCCAUGA